AUGACUAUUUUGUUGUGUUUCGGCCAGUUCUCAGUUGCCCAAGAACCUGAUAUUGACGACUUCACGCGGCGAACUUUCGAUUAUUCGUCGUGCUGUCCACCUCACAAUCACCUCGGUCGUAAUGAACUACUGAAGAACAUGAUCCGACUAUCUUUCUUCUUUCUGCUGAUCGGGGCGGCGGCUCCGCAGCCACUGCUCUUCCCGCACGGAUGGUUCGAGAGCAAGAAUCUCCGCCCGCGAGACGCGAUUAUACUGAACAUGAUGGCUCAGUCGAAUCUCGAAUAUGGAGGAGUCACACUUGAGGUGAGAUUGCCUAUCGGACGUAAUGAAUAAGAGACUGUUCAGGAACUGGACAAGCUGGACGCCGUCCGUAAGCAGCUUCCCCGUCCAGAAAAGUUGGCGAGGGAUCGAGAAGAAGACGAUAAAGAUCUCGACAGAAAGCCAGCGUUCACGGCAGAAGGCGAGAAAAUUGAAGUGGAGAAGAAGGACGAGGAGGGCGAGAAGAAGAAGGAGCCGUUCCGAAGGGUUCAGUUAAAGAGUGAGCAGUUCAAGUCUCUUUCUAGCAAAUGUACGGAAAUUCAGAACGAGACACAGAGGAAGAUUCUAAGGAAGCUAUUGUUGAGUCGGAGAAUCCGUUCGAAGAAAUCGCGACGAGGUCGCCUCCGAAGGAUUGGAUGAGCAUGAGGCAGUUGAGGAAUAGGAAUAGGAAGAACAAGAAGAAGAAGAGGAGGUACCGCAAGAACGGAUUCCUCACCAGAGACGACAUCAUCAAGACCAAACCGUGAGUUCUCCGCUCCUUCUAAGAUUUAUCUUAUGACUUUCAUUUCUAGAAAUGACGAAUCGUCAGCAGUAAAACUGCCGAAUCUGGAGAUGGAGAAGGCGGAAUUCGAUGAAAAACUACGGAAUCACGCGCAAGACACGUGGGAAAGGGAGAAUAAGGCGGCGGAGCAAGUACGAGAAGAAAUGAAAGCGGGGAAAAAGGAAGAGCCGAAAGAGCCGAUCAGUCCGGCGAUGGAAAUGCUCGCGAAAGAGCACGCGGAUCUGGAUCACAGGAUUGCGAUCGCCGAGCAGACGGGCGCUCGGAAGACCGACAGACUCCCGAACAACCCGUACAGCCACGUGGAUCUCCGGAAGCCCACAGUCAUUUCUCUGCCACUUCCGCCGUUCGAAUCUUUGAAAGAGGAAAAGGAGAGUAGUUAA